GGCCGAAGUCAAUGCACAUUUGAUCAAACAGCCAGCAACAGCGACAUUUUGACUGACCCGACUCCAUAAAUUUAUACCUUCCGGAUCCUAGUUAAAGAUAAAUUAGAAAAUGCUUGACCUUGCCGACUUUAUCACAGACCGCGGUGGAGAUCCGAAUAAGAUCAAGGAGAGCCAGAGAAGAAGGUCAGCCCCUGAAGCUGCGGUUGACGAAGUUAUCACCUUAUACGAAGAAGCUCGUAAGGCACGGUACGAGGUUUCUCAAAUAAAUUCCAAGCUCAACGGCCUUCUCAGGGAGAUCGGCAAAAAGAAGAAGAACAAGGAGGACGCAACCAGUCUUCUGGAGGAGAAGGCAAAGUUAGAGAGUCAGCGGAAAGAGGCAGAGAGUGUUGCCUUGCAGAAGGAGGAUCUUAGGGACAAGAAGAUUCGAACGAUCGGUAACUACGUUCAUGACUCAGUCCCUGUCAGCAAUAAUGAGGAUGAUAAUUCUGUCAUCAGAACAUGGUUCCCGGAAGGCUUCGUUGCUGAGAAACCCAAUUGCCUGUCGCAUCAUGAGGUCCUCACUCGGCUUGACGGGUAUGACCCGGAGCGUGGUGUCAAGGUUGUUGGCCAUCGUGGAUACUGCCUAACUGGCUACGGCCUUUUCUUGAACCUUGCGCUUGUCAACUAUGGGCUGGAAUUCCUCUGGAAACGUGGAUAUAAGCCAAACCAACCGCCUCACUUCAUGCUUAGAGAGAUGAUGGCAAAGACUGCCCAACUUGAACAAUUUGAUGAGGAACUCUACAAAGUCACGGAGAGCGAGGACAAAUCUACCGACAAGUAUCUCAUUGCUACUUCGGAGCAGCCCUUAUCAGCUCUACAUGAUAGUGAAUGGCUCCAAGACAAGGAUCUUCCGAUUAGAUAUGCUGGAUACAGCACCUGCUACCGCAAGGAAGCUGGAGCUCACGGAAAAGAUGCGUGGGGGAUUUUCCGUGUCCAUCAAUUCGAGAAGAUCGAGCAAUUUGUCCUCACCAAACCUGAGGAUUCCUGGAAAGCUUUCGACGAAAUGAUCUCAACUUCGGAGGAGUUUUACAAAUCGCUGGGCCUUCCCUACCAGGUUGUUUCCAUAGUCUCGGGGGCUUUGAACAAUGCCGCAGCGAAGAAGUACGACCUUGAAGCCUGGUUCCCUUUCCAGCAGGAAUACAAGGAGCUAGUUUCUUGCUCCAACUGUACCGACUAUCAAGCACGCGCCCUAGGAAUUCGAUAUGGUCCUAAGAAAACCACUGACGCAAAGAAAUCAUAUGUCCAUGCGCUAAAUGCUACACUAUGCGCUACGGAGAGGACUCUCUGUUGCGUGCUUGAGAAUUACCAAACAGAAGAUGGGUUCAUUGUCCCAGAGCCUCUCAGGAAAUAUAUUCCUGGUGCGCCGGAGUUUCUACCUUACACGAAGGAACUUCCGAAAGAUAGCACUUCAACUAAGGCCCGAUCUAAGCCCACCACGAAAUCCGCGAGUGGCGCGGAUGAAGUGUCCAGAAAUCUAAAGGAUAUGCAGCUGUGAUUCAGGAGAUUGGAACAUACCUAUAAAACCCAUCUCUCAAAAUACUCUUUCGUCUAUACAGCUCUGCAGCGCGGUUCAUUGGUCUAUGGCUUGCUCUGUGUCCGUCUACCACCUGUUUAAAUUUUUAAAAUUUCAAAGUUUCUUCGAAAUAUUGCUUUUCCCUCCAAGCAUGUGGCAAAUCAUGGACACCAAGGCUUUUGAACCUAUGCUGUGAUGAGAAUAAAGCUCAACAGUAAACCAAUCCAAAUGAUGACGCAAUGGAUAUCGAUUUAUAGAAGC